ACGGAUCAAGAUAUAUCUACUAUGAUAAGAUGCGGGCAGAAGAGCAUUAUAUUCCUCAUCAAUAACGGAGGAUACACAAUUGAGGUAGAAAUUCACGAUGGUCCGUACAACGUGAUCAAGAAUUGGAACUGCACGGGCCUUGUCGACGCCAUCCACAAUGGAGAGGGCAACUGCUGGACUGCCAAGGUGAGAACGGAAGAUGAAUUGGUGAAAGCAAUAGCAGCUGCGACAGACACGUACAAGGAAUCGUUGUGUUUCAUCGAAGUGCUGGUUCACAAAGAUGAUACUAGCAAAGAAUUGCUCGUGUGGGGAUCGUGUGUUUCAUCUGCUAAUAGCCGACCUCCCAAUCCGCAAUAGGAAGCUCUUUAUAGCUUAAAGGAAAACCGAUUUUUGUUCGAUGAUUACAACAACAAUAACCAGGAUCACCAGAAAAGCAAAGUGGGAGAUGAUUUGAUGAUCAAGUGAUCAAAAUCCAGGGCUUUGAAAAUAUACGCCAAUCUGAAGAAAGUGAAGCAGCCAAUUUCUCAAAGUGAUCAAAAGUUUCAUCAACUCACUCUUCAAAGAAUGGUGAUCAAAGAAGUGUGAGUUUUAAUCCGGUGAGUGUUACUGUUAGUCAGGAUUUAAGGCCCCGUGGGCAAAAAUAUGACGAAGAUUUUGAUAGGUAUAAAAGCCUACCGAAUUCAUUCAUCGGGCGGAGUUGAAGUUCAGCAAAAUUAUAAUGGAGAAAAAUAGCAAAUAAUGAUGCGAAGAAUCUUUUGAAAAAGUAUUGUAGUAAAAAUGACGAUGGUUUUUCCUUGUUUUAGGAAAAUUCGUGACGAAGAUGGAAUGAGUGAUUCGAGUUCGGAUUUAUUCGAGCUUGAUCAUCUAGCAUUAUUGGAGACAAUAGAUUCUGCAAACAAUUACCUCUGUAAACUAGUGGUUCAGACACUAAUCGUGGUAUUUUUUAGCCGUUUGGUUCGUGAACUAGACCGGAGUAAUGUUUGUUUCAGUAGUUACUACUCAUUAAUGUUUUAUUAACAAUG